GUGAAAGCUCUAUUCUUUUGAAGUGCGCAACAGAGACCAUUUGAUGGAAUAGAGUUUGAAGGAGAAAAGUAAACUUUAACACUGGAUUAACUUGUGUAGUGGAAUAUUAGUUCCACUAUUAGAGAUCAGGCUGUGUUAUUCCACAUCUUGGUUAAUUUUGUCAGGCGUUCUCAGCUUUUAUUUUAACCUUUCGAACGGUUUCUGGACUCGAAACAAGUGAUUUUUACACACAAUUUACGCCAUGGCGAACUCGUGUCUCCAACUGAGCGGCUUCCUCAUCAGCUGCCUCGGCUGGUUGGGAAUAGUGAUCGCGACAGCUACCAACGACUGGGUGACUAUGUGUAAAUACGGUUUGAACACCUGCAAGAAGAUGGAUGAGCUAGGGGCUAAGGGACCUUGGGCGGAGUGUGUCAUCUCCACAGGACUAUACCACUGCGUCUCCCUCACGCAGAUCCUGGACCUGCCAGCCUACAUCCAGACGACUCGUGCCCUGAUGAUCACAGGUUCAAUCCUAGGUCUCCCAGCAGUGGGAAUGCUCCUCAUGUCCAUGCCCUGCAUCAACCUUGGGAACGAAUCCCAGACCUCUAAAAACAAACGUGCCAUCCUGGGAGGAGUGCUUAUUCUCAUAGUCGCAUUGUGUGGAAUGGUAUCUACAGUCUGGUUUCCCAUUGGGGCCCACCAUGAGCAGGGCCUCAUGUCAUUUGGCUUCUCCCUCUACACUGGCUGGGUGGGCACUAUUUUCUCCAUGCUGGGUGGGUCCAUCCUCACCUGCUGUUCAUCAGAGUCCUCCUCCUCCUCUCGCUCCUACCAGGACAACAAUCGCUUCUACUACUCCAAACAGGGAGGAGGAAACCAGCCAACCGCCUCUGCCACCAAUCACGCCAAGAGCGCCCACGUCUGAGCUGGGAGCGAUUCUGAAUCCCACGUGGACUGUAACUAGUUUGUAUAUAGAGACAUAUACACAAGAGCACACAAACACACAAAUUCACAUUCAGCACAGUAACAAUUACAUGCAAGCCCAUAAUGGAAGAGAAGGAGACACAUUCACACACUCAUUCCUGUUGGUUUAUGAGAAGGAAAACACAAGGGGGAAAAUUCUUGAAUGAGCACAAAAACAUACAUAAAAGAGACAUUCACACAUCCAAACACACAAAGACUGUUUUUGUUGGAGGCCUUUUUUCAGCCAGUGGAUUGUUUUUGUAUCACAGAGCUCAUCUUCCAGCCUCCUCAAGGUGGGCGCGGUGUGGACUCACCAUAAUGUUACAUAAUUGUACAAGCUUUUGAGUAACUGCCUGCACAGCAGCCUGACCUUCUAAUCACUUGAGGCCUCGUGGACUGAAAUAUUGAUCUCUAUUAUACUUCUAUUUUUCUAUUGUACACCUAGAGAUGAAAUCUUAUGAGUGCCUUUGUUGAUAAAUAUAUUUUUGAAAUCAUAUAAUAUCUUGAUCAUUUGUUUUGAUAAGAGCAGGGCAUGACAGUACUGUGGAAUUGAACAUAUGUUUGUUAACAUUGUUUAAGUACAUUAAUUUUUCUUUGACAGUAUUGUGCAACUCUCUUGUGCACUUGCCCCUUGAGACUUGAUUUAAAAAACGUAGCAGUUUUUUCCGCUUCUGCAGGAUGACAGUAGACUGAAGGGAACAUACAUUUCACAGGAGAGCUUUAUCCAGCAGUUUUACAGCCUGAAUUAGAGUCUUAGUAUGUGCACUGGUUUGGCAGAAUUAACUUAUCAGAGAGUACCACAUUUUCAUCUUUUGUCCAUAACUCUGUUAUCUACCAGUGAUAUUUCAUAAUCCAAAGUUACUUUAAACAUUUCUCUUUAACUAACUUGAUUUUUUUGGUUUUUAUAACAACUGAAUGACAAAAAAGCAGCUUAUCCUGUAACUGUAGAAUUAUACAUUUCCAUUAAACAUCUUAGUCAAACUUCCUCACAUAGAGUAGUUCUUAAAAAAAAAAAGCCUGUAGCUAAAAGUCUGUUUCACUAGUGUGCACAAAAACACAUCAGUAUUAUGUAGAUUAGCUUCUCUCAAAAGAAUGUGAUGACUUGAAUGUUCAAUAUCUCAAAUGUGCUCUGAACACAGAUAGAACCAGAUAUUCCCAAGAUGAAGGAACCAGAUAUUCCUAACUCAGAUCCAUAUAGAAGCAGCAUUAGCUGGUUAUUUAUUGUUUCACUGAUGUGCUAUUGUUUGAUUUUCUAUAAUAAAGAUAAAAGAAUCAAAACUGC